AUGGCGCCACGGCGGCGGGUGCGGGUACCCGGGCGUGCGGGUGCAAGAUAUUCAAAGAACACUUUAGGAAGAACACAUUCCGUGAAAGAUAAAACUGGUCAAAAGCACAAGCCUUCUGAUGUGUUUGAAUUUCCUGAUGAUUCUGAUAGCUCAAGCAUUGGCAGGCUGGGUGAAAAUGAGAAAGAUGAAGAACCUUAUGAAACCUUUGAUCCUCCUUUACACAGCACAGCUAUAUACGCUGAUGAAGAAGAAUUCUCCAAACAUUGUGGAUUAUCUAUCCCUUCAGGUCCUCCAGGAAAGGAAGCAAGAAGAAGUUUGAACACUUCUGAAAGUGAAGCAAGUGAAAAUGAAUCUGUAAAAAUUAGAGCAAAAGAGUGGAAAACUCAGGAAAAAGGGAAGACGUCUCAUGGCACAAGGGAGAAAUCAAGAAGUGAAACCGCAGACUCAGAUACUUCCAACCUUGUAAAUAUUUGGCAUCUAGAAGGAAAGAAAACCAGUGAUAUCAUGGAGUUGGAUAUUGUUUUGCCUACAUUUGAGAAAACCCUCCUAGAGUAUAAACAAAGAAUAAAAUCCAAAAUUUGUAAGGAAGCCGUCAACAAAUUUUAUUUUAAUGUUAAAGAGGAACUCAUCAAAAUGCUUAAAGAUGCCCGGAUGCUGAAAAACCUGAAAAGGAAGAAUGCUAAGAUGAUUUCAGGUAUCGAAAAGAAAAGGCAGCGUUUGAUAGAAGUCCAAGAUGAACUGCUUCGGUUAGAGCCACAGCUGAAACAACUACAAACAAAAUAUGAUGAACUUAAGGAGAGAAAGUCUUCCCUUAAGAAUGCAGCAUAUUUCUUAUCUAAUUUAAAACAACUUUAUCGAGAUUAUUCAGAUGUUCAAGAGAAAGAACCACAAGUAAAGGAAACGGUAACUCCAAUUUUUACUUUCUACUGUGCUUCCCAGGAUGAUCAAGGGCGUUUGCAUGUGAGAUUCCAGAGGCUUUGA